GUUCUCUCGGUUUAUGUUUCACAGGUGAUUGCUAACUCCGUUGCUAAGUUGAAUUCAGCAGAAGUACUCAAGCUUCUUAAUUCCCUUCUACCAAUACUACAAUCUAGGGGUGCGGUUUUAGCUUGUGCGAUUCCGUGGAUAAAGUGUCUGUUACUUACUCAUUCCAGUGGGAUUAUGUCUCAAGAGUCAUCCGUGCUCGCUUUGAACUCCAUGUAUCAGCUCAUUGAAUCACGGGUUUCAACCCUUCACACUGCCGUUGAAGUUUCAAGCAGCUUAGACUUGCUUGUGGACGAUUUGGAUGAUGAAGAAGAAGAAGAUGAAGGUCCCCUUAUCUAUGAGGACAAGGACACUGAUGAUGAAGAGGGACAAGGACCAGAUGAAGCAAUGGAAACAGAUGAAGAUGCAGACGAAUCAGAGGAUGAAGCAGCUGAUGGUGUCAACGAGUUUGAAGAUUUUGACGACAUGAGCGAUUGAGGAAAGACUCCUGGAAACGGAAAAAGUUUUGAUUUGCGUGAGGCUGUUUGGUUGUUAGAAUCUUAAGAGUGGGUCUAAAAGGUGCAGUCUCACGUCAAAAAGUCUCCGCAUGAAUUCUCUAAUACGUAAUGGUUGUUGUAUUGACUAGACUUUGUUUUGAGAAAGAGUUUUAUUUUUUCAUAUAAGUAAAAAAAGAAAUUGACGUGGA